ACUGAUCCCAGCAAGAUAUACACACAUUGGCAUCUGCUUGCUCGUCAUUAUCGGCCAUAAACGGAGAAUUUCAUGUGCAGCAGCGGGUUACACGACGUCUUCGACUUACUCUGACGCAUCCACUCUAGCAUGGUCAGCACCGCCGGAAACACCAUCGGUCCCUGAUGCGGGCAACUCAAUCUACCCGAACAGACGCUAGGAUCUGGCAUGUCCACGGGGUAUCUGGCGCCGUUCCGCCGUUGGGCCUUUUUCAAACGCCGUAGAAUUCUGAUCUGAUCGGGAUGCUCCGGUUGGAUGCUGUGUCCGGGAAAAAGAUGCUUCCGUGGGCUUAGGGGAGCUGGCUGAACCAUCCGGAGCACGUCUUUUGAGGCCCUUCUGCUUUCAAGGCUUGGAAUACAUCAUGACUGUACCUGGUGUGAAUUCUAAAUACUAACUAAGCCCUCUUUGGAAUUGCGGGAGGCUGGAACCCGGGACAAAUGUCGAGAGGUACAGUACCUGAGGGUCUCUCUGCUCAACGGGACCCGCAGUGGAACCAAGAUCCUCAUAUCUGAGUUCGGUAAACACUGCAGCCAGCAUUACUUUCCACUCCCGCUGGGUCGGAAGCUGGCUAGCGAUGCGGUAAGACGUACUAGAUGUUGUUGAUGGAAGUGUACCAUCGUGGCCAGCUAUGUGGCUUGCUGGGGGACGCCAUUAUUUCAAAAAGCGAACCCAUCCUGCCUUUCUUGCUUGCUCUGCCGGCUGCCAUCGACGUGUUUCAACUGUUCUCUGCUACCCAGUGUCUGUUCUCCCCUGUGUUUGUGUUCACCUACAAAAUGUCUGACCUGAAAGCCUCCGUUGCGGAGACUCCCUCUGGAUUCCAUGUCGAGGGCUAUGAGAAGAUCGAAUAUGACUUCACUUUCAUUGACGGGGUGUUUGACAUCAAGCGAAGCGAGCUAGCUGAUUGUUACAAACAAUGGGGUCGCUGCUUGGCCGUCAUGGACUACAACAUCUUCAAUGUCUAUGGCGAACAAAUGCAAAAGUACUUUGAUCACCACAACAUUGAGCUCGACAUCCACAAGACGAUGAUUGGGGAGAAAGCCAAGUCAAUCGACACGUUCCUCAGCAUUGUGGACUCGAUGAACAAGUUCGGGAUCUAUCGAAAGGAACCAGUACUCGUCAUUGGCGGUGGGCUUGUCACGGAUGUUGCUGGUUUUGCAUGUGCCGCCUACCGCAGAAACACCAACUACAUCAGAAUCCCCACCACUGUGAUUGGGCUUAUUGAUGCUUCGGUGUCGAUCAAGGUCGCCGUCAACUAUGGCAACUACAAAAACCGUCUAGGUGCCUACCAUGCUCCAAUGCACACUUUCCUGGAUUUCACAUUCCUGCGGACCCUUCCGGAAGCACAGAUCCGUAACGGGUUUGCGGAGUUGAUCAAGAUCUCCACCUGUGCACACCUGCCAACGUUCAAUUUGCUCGACAAAUAUUGUGAACAAUUGAUCAGCACCGGCUUUGGUCGCAAGGAUGGCGCUUCACAGGAAGUGCGCAAUGCCGCAGAUGACAUCAACCGUGCGGGCAUUCACGAGAUGUUGAAGCUGGAGACGCCUAAUCUUCACGAGAUUGGCUUGGAUCGAGUCAUUGCUUAUGGUCACACAUGGUCACCCCUUCACGAACUGGUUCCGGACGUGCCGCUUCGCCACGGUCAUGCGAUAUCUAUCGAUAUGGCAUACUCUGCAACCCUGGCAAAUAUGCGUGGAAUUUUAAGCGACGAAGAUCACAAGCGAAUCCUGAACCUUUUUUCACGUGCUGGCUUGUCAAUGGACCAUCACCAGUUUGACGAGGAGAUUCUCGACAAAGGAACAAAGGCCAUCUUGAGGACUCGAGACGGAAAACUCAGGGCGGCUGUGCCCAGUCCUCUGGGAAGAUGCGUCUUCCUCAAUGACGUUUCCAUGGACGACAUGUAUGCCGCUCUCCGACGUCACAAAUCGCUCAUGAAGGACUAUCCUCGUAACGGGGAAGGUCUGGAAGCAUUUGUUGACGCUAGUGACACAGGAUACACUGUCAAUGGCCUGCCGGUGGAACUGAAUGGCUCUUCCACAAACGCGAAACUGAAAGUCCUCAACGAUGACGUGAAAGCAACGGGUGUGGCUACCAAUGGUCAUGUCGACGUUGACGGGAAAAGGACGAAUGGGAUCACCAAGGCGACCAAACAUGCGUCUGGCCCUGAAGGCGUGGAUGGUCUCCAGGGCGGUGCUGUCGAUGCCGUCCCCAAUGGAUACUCGAACGGCAUUGCUAAUGGGGUGAAUGGAAAUGCCAACGGUGUCCACACCAAUGGCGUUCACUAGGCGCAUGAAGGCAAAAUACAGGGCCGACAGGUUUCUCCACACACAAUCUUGGGGGCUUGGGGCGUGGGACGAAAACAUUGGCGAGAAAGUCAGUGGCAUGAGAGAAAAUACCUUGUCCGGGAGGAAGAUCACGAAGAACAACAUUGCGAGACUUGCAUGAAGCAGAAUCAUGGUCAUCAUGUGGCCAAAGAGCCGGUUGACCUACACCUUCCUAGCCUUGUGGAUUUCUCUUCGGGCAGUGACAGUCGAAGUCUAGGGCAUUGCUUAACUGCCUUAGUUGUCCGCUUCUUUCCUCUGACCAGACUUCCUUUCUCCGCGCCCUAUCUUCAGGGCAGCGAAUGAAUGACUGAGAGUUCUGCUUGACGAAUCAUUCCAUCCCUUGGGCACCCACAAGUGACCCUAAGACCUCCAAACAAAAAAGCUCCCCGUUUGUAUGCCGUGCCUCGAUGUCGGCCCGGGCCUCUUUUCCAACUACCUCGGUACUAACUAGUAACUGCCCACUGUAAAGAGGGCGAAGUCCUCCUAGGCCAAGGCAGAAACAAUGAGUUCAGCUCAGCACAACACAGCAUUUUCAGCAAACCAACGAAAAGAAUAUGUUUCAUGACAAGACUUCCAAUCCAGACAAGGCAACACAGGGUGGAUAGGUAGAUAGAUGUCCAGCACUGCCUGCAGUGCUACUCAGCUCACUCACCUUGGGAAUGAGUCGCGGCGCAGUGAUGGUGAUGAUGCCCAAUUUGGCCUGCAAUGUGUCACAGUUUUGUAAGUCAGUCCAUCCAGUCCACUAUUCAGUCGUCAACGAACAGUUGUGUUGUUGUCAUCGUUUCGUCUACCACUGCAGUCACAGGCCUCUCUCACUUGGACAGCAAGGAACCCAAAAUCAUUAUGGCAUUGUGUGUUCCUGGAUCCUCUCAAAUGAUGUUGCUUCCCCACUGUAUCCAGGGCAGGGCCAGACAAUAACGACAACGCAAAGGGGUCUUACAUACCUGAACAGCCCAGGUCCCUUGUGCAAAGUUCUUCUUCAUAUAACUCUUUAGCCUGUCUGGGUCAACGUAUCGGUCGUCGAUGAUUUGUCGCACUUGGCCGCCGCCGCUGCUGCUGGGCGAAGAUGGAGAGUUGGAUUUGCUGGUCGAUGUGGACGACCGAGAGGAUGCGGUGUCUUGCCUAGUAGGGAGAGGCAUUUUGCUCAACAGCCCGCAACGCCAAAGGAAGGCAAGCAAGCAGGCAGGCAGGCUGAAGAAAGCCAAGUUUCUACCACUGGCACCCCAAGAAAGAUAAGGAGGAUACGCUUGCACUAUUGCAGCUGAGCUGCAGAGCGGGCUGAAUUCUCGACUUCAAGGAAACUUACACUAAGUAUGUGUUACUGGAGAUAUCAGCCGCUUUUGAAUGAAGGCGACCACAUGGAUGUUUUUAUUCAAGCGAACAGAUUGUCAGCCCCAUGCUACAGGGAGCAGCAGCCGAGCUGCAUUCUACCGACUGCUUGGUGCAGAAUCUGAGAGUCUAGAGUCGGGCGUGGGCGCGCCUCUGGUAGACUAAUGCGCCUGGUGCAUUGGCGAGAACGAAUGAUUCUGGUUGAUUGAGCACCGAAUCCGAGCCAGUCUUGUAUUUGUUUUUGCUGUGCAUGGCACCAUGUCGGGCUUUCCGGCAUUGUACAACUGUAUGCUGUACAAACCUGUGAAAGGAGCUCCCUCCAUGCCAGUGGUCGCCCUUGGCUAAGGAGUAUGCAGAAUGUUGUCAUCUCUAAUCAGCAA